AUGGAACCGGAACGUCUGCCACUCUAUAGAUCAGAGGGUCGAGCUCUCGGUGUGGUCUUCGAAAACGUCACCGCAUACGGCAGAGGCGGAGAUGUUCGCACUGUUCUCGACUUGCGCGCUAUGUUGGAGUCUACGCUCAAGCUUCCAUUGAAUCAUCUCUACCGUCUAAUCGGCAACCGACAAGAAUCUACGAAGAAGAUAAUUCGAGAUGUUUCAGGAGUCGUUUAUCCUGGCGAGACUCUGUUGGUGCUUGGCCAACCUGGGUCUGGCUGUAGUACAACACUGAAGAUGAUUGCCAACGAGACAAGAUCAUAUGCGAGCACCGAAGGAAGAAUCUCGUAUGCUUCCAUAUCGUCGGAACAGAUGAAGAAAAAACAUGGGUCGGAAGUCGUAUACAAUGCAGAAGAUGAUAUGCAUUACCCGACUCUAAAAGUCAAGCACACGCUUGACUUUGCCCUACGCCUGCGGAAGCCUGCGAAAGACAACAAGCAAGAUGCAACCACUUUCUCUGAAGAUAUGACAGACCGUCUUCUCGACAACCUUGGCAUGCCGCACACCAAAGACACCAUUGUGGUCAACUCCUUUGUUCGCGGAGUAUCUGGUGGCGAAAGGAAACGUGUAUCUUUGGCAGAAGCCCUCGCCACCAAUCCAGCGGUAGCUUGCUGGGACAACCCCAUUCGAGGAUUGGACAGUUCAUCUGCACUGCAAUUUCUCAAACUUCUGAAGAAGAUCUCCACCGUCACGCGCAUGUCGAACAUUGUCACGAUAUACCAGGGUUCAGAAUCUAUGUACGAGGAAUGCUUCGAUCGAGUUCUAGUCAUUUAUGACGGCAGAAUGAUAUUUUCUGGCAAGGCUCAAGAUGCCAAAGACUAUUUCAUCAGUCUAGGGUUUCACAAAUGGGACCGACAGACAACGCCCGGUUUUCUCACAGCAGUCACCGCACCAUCAGAGCGAGUCGUUCGUGAGGAUCACGUAGGACCAGUUCCCAGAACACCGGACGAGUUCAGCGAUGCAUUCCGUCAAAGUUUCCAUUUCCAGAAGCUGUUGAAUGAAAUCGAUGCCUACCGUGAGAUGGCUGCAUCUGGUACAACAGACCUUGCUGCUUUCCAUGGAGAAGUCAACCGAGUCAGGUCGUCGGCAGCUCUUCCUGAAUCCCUUGAGCCGAGGGCAAUCUGGACACAGAGUUUCGAAGCAUCAAGACGCUACUACCAGCUGCUGUGGAACAAUCAGAGAGAUCUCUACAUCGUUCUUUUCCUGAACGCUGUGAACGCUGUCUUGAAUGGAGGUGCUAUUUUCUUCUCGCUGAUCUAUUUCUUCCUGAAUGCCUUGGCUGAAGUCUCAUCCACCAUCGAAGCGCGGUCAAUCUUGGCAAAGCAGCACAAGCUCGGACUCAUUCAUCCUGUAGCUUUUGUUAUUGGCCAGACAAUAUCCGAGAUUCCCGUCGCCGUGUUCCAGUCCUUGGUGUUCAUCUGCUGUUAUUACUUCAUGCUUGGUCUACACAAGACAGCAUCUGACUUCUGGAUCUUCGAGUUGAUACUGUUUGUUCAUUACAGCGCCGUAUCGAGUUUAUUCCGCAUGCUUGGUGCGUGGGCACCAAACCUCAACAUCGCAUUUUUCAUGGCCGGCACAGCUAUGCCUAUUUGCUUGACCUACGCUGGAUAUGGUCCUCCAGUCCCUACCAUGCACAGAUGGGGUUCCUGGAUUCGACGAAUCUCGCCAUCGCCCUAUGCACUAGAGGCAUUGAUGGGCAAUGAAUUUGCAGACAUCGAUCUACAUUGCACAGCCGACCAAAUGGUUCCACAUGGUCCCGGAUACGAAGAUAUGCAGUACCAGGGCUGUUCCUUGCCUGGAAGUACCAAGGGUUACAACGUGGUUUCGGGAUCUGCGUACCUCGAGAUGAUCUACAACUACUCCCGGUCCAACUUGUGGAGAAAUUUUGGCAUCAUCAUCAUAAUGUGGUUCAUCUACGUUUUUCUCACAGCGAUAGGCUUGACAGUUAUGACCGACAGGAGUGGCAAUGCGGGCGGUCCGGUGUUCGAAAGGGGUGCUGUUGUUGGUGAACAUAUGCCGUCGGAGAAGGGACAGGACGAUCUUGAACAUAAUGCUUUAACCAAAAGUACACCCCUCGAACCCGUUUCUUCAAACUCGUCAGUCACGCAAGCAGAAGACCCAAUGGCGGCCGAGAAUGUGUCUGCGAAAGAGAAAUCCGACCUCGAAUCUGGCCACGGCACGUUUUCAUUCAGCAACGUAUGCUACUUUGUUGAUGUCGACGGCAACGAGAGGCAACUGCUCAACGAUGUCAGUGGCUAUGUAAAGCCGGGACAACUCACUGCCUUGAUGGGAGCUUCUGGGGCUGGAAAAACGACCCUGCUAGACACGAUCUCCCAGCGCAAGGGCGUCGGUCAAGUAGAGGGACAGAUGCUCAUGGGUGGCAUGCCACUUGAUGAAACCUUUUCACGCUCCUGUGGGUUUUGCAUGCAACAGGAUGUCCAAGAACCACUAACGACUGUGCGAGAAGCCUUCAUCUUUUCGGCAAGAUUGCGUCAGUCAUCAAGUAUUCCCCUCAAGGACAAGUUGCGCCAUGUUGAAAGCAUCAUAUCCUUAUUGGAACUUGAUUCCAUUGCCGAUGCUCUGAUCGGAGAACCAGGAGACGGUGGUUUGAAUGUUGAGGAGAGAAAGCGAGUGACUAUCGGUGUCGAACUUGCAGCCAAACCUACAGGGUUGCUAUUUCUUGACGAGCCGACUUCCGGCCUCGAUAGUCAAGCGGCUUACUCUAUCGUCUCAUUCCUGCAAAAGAUCGCUGAACAAGGAGUUCUGAUCGUUUGCACGAUCCAUCAGCCAUCUGCAGUCCUGUUUCACAUGUUUGACCACGUACUUUUAUUGGUGCCCGGAGGGAAAACAGUCUUCUUCGGCGAGACUGGGCCACACGAAAAGCACGUCAUCGACUAUUUCUCCGACCACGGUGCAACUAUGAGCGCUUCCGAGAACCCAGCCGAAUUCAUCAUCUCCACAGUGACCAAUAAGGCUCCUGAUGCCAAGGACUGGCCGCAGAUCUGGAAGGAUUCCGAAGAAUGCUCUGCAUUGAAGCGUAAGAUUGACGACUUGGUCCAGCAAGGUCAGCAACAACCGCCAAACAUGAUCGAAGGACGCAGCAAGUCGCAGUAUGCGCUCCCCCUGUGGGCUCAGAUAGAUGAACUCACCUGCCGCCAUUGGAUUGUCAUCUGGAGAAAUGGGCCCUACAACUUCAGCAAACUCUUCAAGGCCAUCUUCUGUGAGCUUUUCAUCGCGUUUUCGUAUUACAACGCUGGCCCAGACGUGCAAGGGCUGCAGAACUACCUGCUCGCGAUGUUAAUCAUUGUUUGGAUCAUUCCAGCUACCGCAGCAGAUAUUCAAGAUAUCUGGUUCAGUAGAUGGGCUAUCUUCGAAGCACGAGAGCGGAACGGCAUCUACGACUACAAAGCUCUCCUUGCCGCCUUGACACUGGUCGAAAUUCCUUGGCAGAUUCUUUCUUACACGGCCGUACACUUGUGUAUUUACUGGACGGUCGGUUAUCCCAACACCACAAGCAUCGCUGGAUAUGUCUACUUCAUGUUCUUGAUCCUAUCCCUGUUCGCAACGAGCUUCUGCCACCUCAUGGCCGCCGUCUUCCCGAAUCCCACCCUCGCGGGCUACGCGAACUCGUUAUUCUGGGUCGCCCUUACUGUUUUCUCUGGUGCACUCGUCACUCACAGCGCCAUGAACUCGUUCUAUCGCCCCUGGAUAUUCUGGGUCGACCCACUGCGUUACUUUCUCGGAGGUACCGUCUCGAACGUGCUACAUGGCGUCGUUGCACAUUGUAGAGAAUCUGAUCUCACCAUUUUUGAUCCUCCGCAAAACGCAACUUGUGCCCAAUAUACCGCAAGUUUCCUCUCGACGAAUCCUGGGUAUCUGACCAACCCCGACGCAACAUCCGACUGUGCCUACUGUCGAUACAGCGUAGGAGAUGAUUAUGCCGCCACGCUGGACUAUUAUCAUGGUGAUCGAUGGAGGGAUUGGGCAGUUCUGCUGAGUUGGAGCUUGCUGAACAUAUUGUUGGUGUGGUUCUUCACCUGGCUCUAUCGAAUCAAGCUCCGUAAAUAA